AUUCCACCAAUUAUUACAGGGUGCAGCAACUGUGUUCCUCUCUAAUAAUUCCCCAAACGUUCAGUUUUGUUUUCGUGUGCUUUUAUUAUGUUCCUUCCCAAGAUGAGCCGUAAGAGAGACAAGCCCUACCUCUCGCGCCACGCGCCCACCUCCACUCCCAAACGACGUCGUCCUCCUCCCCCUCCUUUCCAACCGGCCGCUCAUGCCGCCAUGGAGCCCUCCGCGAAGGCCCUCUCGGCGGCGGUCCUCGUGAUCGGUCUGCCUCUGGACUGCUCCGUCCUCGACCUCAAGUCGCGCUUCGAGAUCUACGGCUGCGUCUCCCGCAUCCGCAUCGAGCGCGAUGGUCUCGCCUACAUCACCUUCCGAUCCAAGUCCUCCGCCGAGGCCGCCAUUGCCGCCUCCCUCGACCCUUCUUUUGGCAUCAACCUCUACUCCAAACGGGUACAGGUAGUAUGGACGAAUGACCCUCUUCCGAGCAAGAUCCAUGGGUCAAGUUCGAAGCUUUUAAGGGCUGAGGUGCCUCUGAGUAGACGCGGAAGAGGUAAUAAGCUUGGGUCCAGGAAUACUGGUGGUAGUUCAGAGAUAGAUGUGCCUUACAAAGGCAGGGAAAUAGUCGCCUAUGACGAUGUUCUAUAACGUUAGAACCGGGAUUCCUAGGGUUUUCUUGAUCUGUAACAAUUGCAUCAAGCAUGUCUUUUUGAGCUAUGGGCACUGGCAGCAUCUUCUAGGUAUAUUUUAAACCAAUGAUGUUAAAAUUAUCAGGAUUUCGGAAGAAAUUUGUGAAGCAGUUGCAUGUGGCUUUGAUUUCUGAUUUCGUGGUGUUGCCUUUUCUUUUUUGAAUUUUUUAAGUUCUGGUUGUGUAAUUGUUUUUCAGGCCUAUGAAUAAAUUGAAAGAAGUGUAGAAAUUUAUCGAA